GUACAUUCAUUUAUUUCAUACAUCAUCAGUCCAAAGCCACACGUCUCAGAGUUAACGCGUUUGACCGCCACUCUAUAAUAAUGAAGUCUGUUUACAUUUUCUUAGUAGUUUUCACCUCAUGUGUUUACGUUAGCUACUGUAAGGAUCUUAUCGUUGGAACGAGUUUCAACAACAGAUUGAUAUGGCAACAGAAGGCUGAAUACAACAGUAUCCCUUUCAAGAAGAGGGUCAAGGAAGUUUUCUUUUCUGAUCCUGGACAACAGAUUAUCAAGGGAGUAAUAGCGAGAGACCUAGAUCACACCGAGGCCGAAGCAACCAUCACCGCUGGAGGCGUCGGCCAAUCAUAUGCCAACAUAAGAUUGAAGAGCGAGCGAGGCUCCGGCCUGAAUUACCAGAUAGAAGUCUAUGUAUAAACUGAGACUAACUGAAAAGCAUUAAAAUUUAAAACUCGACAUGCUUCGAAGAAAGUUAUACCUACAAUAAAAAAGUACAUAAUAAAAACAAUUUUCUUCAUUUUCAAAGGCAGGGCAGUUUAAGAACUUACAAAAAAUCAUAAAGGUAUUCGUAUUUAAUUAAAAGUUACAUGAUGUAAAUAUAAACCAAUAGGAAAUCUAAAAUGUCAUGUAACUAUGACAAAGUCAUAUCUAUUGUUGUGUGUGCACAUAAAAAAAGUUUAAUUAAUUAUUCCACGCUGUGGAUGUAAAAAGUUGUAGGUAUCUACCUACGUCAUGAUAAACAUAAAAUCGAACAAAGCGGCAAUGGCUCAAUGAAUUCGUUAUUGGUGUUCAGGUUGCUAUUCUUUGGAUACCUAGUUACAUUAAAUAGUAAUCAAAUAUUAAUUAAGAGCCGGAAAAAGGAGGCAUUGUAUUUGUUAGCGUAAAUUCAUUCAACAUUAUUUAAUAUGAAUAAAAUAUAUUUUACACCAUUUA